AUGGAGCUCUGGAACUCCACCUUGGGAAGUGGCUUCAUCUUGAUGAACAUUUUGAAAGACAGUGGGUCUCCUGACUUGCUUUGUGCUGUCAUUGGAAUCCUGUAUAUAUUGGCUCUGACUUGCAAUUGCCUUCUGCUCCUGGUUAUCACAAUGGAUGCUCGACUACAUGUGCCCAUGUACCUUCUGCUCAGUCAGCUGUCUCUCAUGGAUCUUCUGUUUACAUCCGUUGUUACUCCUAAAAUACUCGUGGAUUAUCUGCGUAAGAAGAACACCAUCUCCUUUGGGGGCUGUGCAUUUCAGAUAUUCAUGGUGCUCACACUUGGUGGUGCAGAGGACCUCCUAUUGGCCUUCAUGGCCUAUGACAGGUAUGUGGCCAUUUGUCAUCCUCUGAACUACAUGGUCCUCAUGAGACCUAAGAUCUGUUGGCUUAUGGUAGCCACAUCCUGGAUCCUGGCAUCUUUAAAUGCUCUGAUACACACCUCAUACACUAUGCACUUCCCUUUCUGCAUGUCCCGGCAAAUCAGUCACCUGCUCUGCGAGAUCCCACCUCUACUGAAGUUGGCCUGUGCAGAUACAUCAAGAUAUGAACUCAUGGUGUAUGUGAUGGGUGUGGCCUUUCUUAUGCCUCCCCUUGCUGCUAUUCUUGCCUCAUAUACAUUUGUCCUAGUUGCUGUCCUCCACAUGGCCUCAGGUGAGGGACGGCAGAAAGCCCUUGUCACGUGCUCUUCUCACCUAACUGUGGUAGGAAUGUACUAUGGAGCUGCCAUGUUUAUGUAUAUCCUGCCGAGUUAUUACCACAGACCCCAACAGGACAAUAUCCUCUCUGUAUUUUACACUAUUAUUACUCCAACUCUGAACCCUCUAAUCUACAGUCUGAGAAACAAGGAGGUAAUGGGGGCUCUCCAUAGAGUACUGGGAAGAUGCACCUCUACCCAGAGACUAUAG